GGCAGAGGGUGGGGGAGAAAAGGAGGCCUGGGCAGCCCAGCCCCACUGUGGGCUCAGGGCUGUGAGCACCAUGGCCUGGACUCCUCUGCUCCUCGCGCUCCUCUCUCACUGCACAGGGUCGCUCUCCCAGCCUGUGCUGACUCAGCCGCCCUCCCUCUCUGCAUCUCCGGGAGCCACAGCAACACUCACCUGCACCCUGAGCAGUGGCUUCAGUGUUGGCGAUUACUGGAUCGCCUGGUUCCAGCAGAAGCCUGGGAGCCAUCCCCGGUUUCUCCUGACUUUCAAUUCAGACUUAGAAAAGGAGCAUCGCUCAGGGCUUCCCAGUCGCUUCUCUGGAUCCAAAAACGCCUCGGCCAAUGCGGGGCUCCUGACCAUCUCGGGGCUGCAGCCCGAGGACGAGGCUGACUAUUACUGCGCUACAAAUGAGGGCGGUUGGAGCAGCUACCGUGCCGCACAGUGUCUCAGAUGA